AUGGCCGAAGCUACACCAGCCCCGUUACCGUUAAUCGACUCCAAGUCCGAGGAUAGUGAGAAAACAGCGCCCGUGGAUGUCCAUCUCCCCCGCAUCUCAAUUCAGUUCUGCACACAGUGCCGGUGGAUGCUCCGCGCCGCAUACUUCGCCCAAGAACUCCUCUCAACGUUCAGCACAGACCUCGGCGAAGUUGCCCUCGUCCCCAAAACCGGCGGCGUGUUUACAGUGACGAUAUGGCACGGUACGAUGAAUGAAGGGGAGAUCACGACGCAGGAGAUUAUUCUGUGGGAUCGGAAGCGGGAUGGGGGAUUCCCUGAAGUCAAGGCGCUCAAGUCUCUCGUGCGGAAUGUUAUUGCUCCUGAGAGGGAUUUGGGACAUACGGAUCGGGCGUUGAAGAAGCAGGAGGGUGAGCAGAAGAAGAAAGAGGAAGAGAAGAAGAGUACGGAUAAGGCGGGUUGUGAGGAUUGUCAGUAG